AUGGAAGGAGGGAAAGAUGAAAAGAAAAAUGAGAAGGGAAAAGAUAAGAUUGAAGGAAAGAUAGAAAAGAAAAAAGAUGAUAUUGAAUUCAUCAUUGCUAUUUACAAACUAAACUUGCAUUGUCAAGAAUGUGGGAAUAAAAUCAAGAAGCAUCUCUUAACUACUCAAGGGGUACAAAGUGUGGAAAUGGAUAUUGAAAAAGGAGAGAUCAAGGCCAAAGGGAAAUUGGACCCUUUGAAAGUGUUGAAGAUUAUAGAGAAGAAGAGUAAUAAAAAAGUUGAAUUAAUAUCACCAAAAGUGAAGCCUAAAGAGAUUACUAUUAGUAAGCCAAAGGAAAUUAAGGAUCCAAUUGUUCGAACUAUAUCUGUGAAAGUUCACAUGCAUUGUGACAAAUGUGAGGCUGAUCUAAAGCAUAGAUUAAUCAAACACAAAGGCAUUUUCAAUGUUAAAACCGAUAUGAAAGCUCAAAAUCUAACUGUUGAAGGGACCAUUGAAGUGGAGAAAUUGUUAUCAUUUUUGAAAAAAAUAAUGCAUAAAAAUGCACAAGUUAUUUCCAUAAAAGAAGAUAAAAAGGAAGAGAAGAAAGAUAAGGGCAAAGAAGAAAAAAAAGAAGAGAAAAAGGAGGAAAAGAAAGACAAGGGCAAGGCUAGUGGUGAAACAAGCAAAGUAAUAGAAAUUCAUCAUCAUGGGAAUACAAGAGAUGAUAAUAAAAUAAAUGACAAUAUUAAUGUUCCUUAUAUUAUUCACUAUGUUUAUGCACCACAACUUUUUAGUGAUGAGAAUCCUAAUUCUUGUUCUAUUUCUUAA